CGUUCUAAAGAUUCUACAUCCUUUUGUUUUAACUUAAUGAAGGUCCUCUGCACCUAUAAAUUGGCAGUUCUAAAUCAAACGAAUCAGUUCUGUUGUGAUCUUUGCAACUCGGCAAACAUGAAGUACUUCAUACCGGUAUCGUGCCUCCUGGCUCUAUUACAUGCCAUCCCAUCAGAAGCUUAUGGGCAUGGUCUUGGAUACGUCUCAGGCCACGGACACCAUGACUACUAUGACUACCCGAGCUAUGCAUAUGAGAACACCGUGAGGGACCCUCACACCGGCGACAAUAAGGCUUACUACGAAAAGCGUGAUGGAGACCUCGUUGUUGGUGGCUUCUCGCUUGUGGAACCCGGUGGCAGCAUUCGUAUUGUGAGGUACAAGGCUGACGAGUCUGGUUUUGUCAACACGCUCCUCACACGAAUCGGGCCAAAGGUGCACCCCGGCGGCGCUACCUCCACGACUGAAAUCUCCAAGCCAGCAUCUCCCAUCGCUCACUCGGCGCCCUAUUACCGACCCUACCUGCCCUACUAUUCAGUGCCGUACUCACACGGACAAGGAUACGGGCGCCAUGGCUACUAUUACAAUUAAACAUUACGAAGUCAACAAAACAAACGCUUAUAGAUAAACUACAUCCGUUCCUUCGCAAUAUGAUUUAUCAUAUUAUGUAUUGUGAUUUAUAAUUUAUUAGAAAAGUUUGAUAUUUUAUGUUUUGGGCCUUAUGAGUCAUAUCGAUUGAAACACGAUUAAAGCAAUAACCACUGUGUGGUAAA